AUGGGGUUGUUCCCGCUGCUGGCGCUUCUUUUUCUGGGGGCGGUGUGGCGAUUUGUCUGCGUUGUGCGCGCACCACCGGCGUCCAUCCACCGCGGAAAUGAGGUCCCACUGAGCGUCUGCGUCGUCCUGGGCUCCGGCGGGCACACGAGCGAGAUGAUGCGGGCCAUCAGAGCGCUGCCGCUAGAUGUGUGGCGGGCCAACCGCCCCUUCUACGUCGUCUCCGCCACGGACAAACACUCGGCUGCGCUGGCGGCGGAGUUUGAGGAGGGCCACUUUCGACGCUGCUGCCGGCUGCUCACUAUUCCCCGCGCGCGUGAGGUGGGGCAGAGCUACUUCCUCUCCAUCUUCACCACCCUCCGCGCCCUCGGCUCCUCCCUGCGCCUUAUCUUUGCGGAGAGGCCGGACGUGCUUUUGGUGAAUGGGCCGGGCGUGUGUGUGCCGGUGGUGGCGGCCGCCCUGCUGGUGGCCGCGCUUUCGCCCUCGUGGUACUACCGCCGCCCCGGCCUCGCGUACAUGGAGUCCUACACCUGCGUCCGGCACAUGUCUCUCUCCGGCCGGCUGCUGAGGCCUUUCUGCGACGUCUGUACGGUCCAGUGGCGGCCACUCUACGACGCCUGCCUCGGGAGGCGGCGGCGGGGCAACGGAUCCCUCUUUUACGUCGGCGUCCCGCACGACGCCGCGGAGGUGCCGCUGCCGCCGCCGACGCACAGGCAGGCCAACGUGCAAGCACCUGGGAACGGGCAGGUGGCUUUGGUCACUGUCGGCUCCACUCAGUUCGAUUCCCUGGUUGCUGCCGUGGAUGACGAGGCGGUUUGCCAGGCGUUGGCGCGGCGGGGCAUCACGCGGCUGCUGAUUCAACAAGGGGCGUCGACGCACGAGGUGCGCGUGCGUGCCUGCAACUCCGUCUCAGUGGAGGUUUUUGCGUACCGUCCGAGGCUGCGGGAGAUUAUCCAAGACGCGGCGCUGGUCAUUGCGCACGCGGGGGCCGGAACCAUCCUUGAGGCCCUGGAGUACAAGCGGCCACUAGUCGUCGUGCCCAACCGCGCCCUCAUGUCGGACCACCAGCUGGAGCUCGCGGAGGCGCUGGCUGCGGCGCGGUACCUCUUCUGCGUCCAGGUGGGCGACCUCCGUCGGGCGCUGCAGACGCUCGACUUCAGCACACUCCGCGUGUUCCCUGGGACCAACGCGGCUGCGCUGCGACGCGCACUGCUGCCACUUUUGGCGGCGGGGGAUUUCCUCGACGGUGGCACAGCGGAGUAG